ACUUCAGAAUCACUAUUCUUUGCAAACAACAGGCUAAAAGUAUCUAGUAAAAAUGUUUAAGCAACUUUUUGCUAUUGUUUUUCUUGCACUAAUUUCAUCUUCUUAUUCACAAUAUGUCUCUCGAGGUCAGUGUGAAGACAGAAAAAUAAAACCAGUAGAACAGUUCCCACUAAUCGCUGUGUAUGGAGGUGAUCAAGUUUACCGCAGAUGGUUCACUGUGAUUACUUCCAACAUCUCAGCCGCCUGCCAGGAAAUAAGCUUUAGAAGAAGAACAAGUUCGGUGGAUGAAUCGCAAUUCACUUUGACACAAAAAAGUUUAGGAAAACAAGAGUUAGAAGGCGUGGUAUCACUGGGAAAUUAUAAUGGGGAAAAGGUUAUAAAUGUACAAUUCAACAAUACCGAAGGCGUGACGCAGUUUAGAAUCCUUGGGUUCGUUAACACGUAUUAUACCAUUGAUUACAAUUGCGUCAAUCUAAAUAGCGCUUCCAGAAGAGAGCUGUUAUAUGUGAGGAGCAGGACCAGAGCGUACUCAGAUGCAAUAGGCGAAGAAAUUGAUCAAAUCAUUAAAAACAACGGCCUGACCGAUAUAAAACUAAUAUACCCUAAUCAGGAGUUUAUGAGUUGUUAUUGAAAUUUGUACGAAAUGAAUUAACAUUAAAUCUGUUAGCAAUUUGAA